AUGCCGAAAUUAAGCCCCUCUGUUAACGCAUCUACAAGUUUGGCGCUUCAACGUCCUCAGCUUCAAUCUCCUCGCCAAUCUCCUAUGCGUAAUUAUUACGAUUUGGCCUAUAAUGAUUGGGAAGAUGUCAGUGAUGACAAUGACGAAAAUUAUCAACCAAACGAAUCAAACAGAGAAUCUUCCGAAACCGAGAGUGAAGUAGAUAACAAAAAAAUUAACCAGAAAGAAUGUCGCGAAAUCCAGAAGAAUGGGCAAGAAAUAAAGAAAAAAAAAAAAAGAAUAGAAGGUGCAGAAUAUAGGACCCAAAAGGGAAGAGACAAGCGAGCACAUUUUGUAAAAGAUGUUGAUUGCCAUUGUCACUAUUCCUGCAAUACCAAAAUAUCAAACGAAGAACGAGAGGAAAUAUUGCGUGCUUAUCUAAAACUUACUAGAGAAGAACUCAGGUGGAAUUUCAUUAGACAACACGUCAAACGUAUUGAGAAAAAAAGAAGCUACACUACUGGUCCAUCACGACGACAAUUUACACAAAUUUAUAAUUUGACCUCAAAUGCUAAGACACAUCAAGUGGCCACCUUGGACAUUUCUGAUAAAAAAGUAAAGACACCGAUUAAAAAAUUGAAAGAUACUGGAACAAUCGAAACUGACAGAAGGGGCAGAAAACCGCCUCCCCAGAAGAAAUCUGAAGACGUCAAGAACAUUAUUAGAGAUCACAUAAGGUCUAUGCCUGUCGUUUCGUCACACUACUGCCGAAAAUCUUCAAAAAGAAGUUACUUGGCUACUGGAUUAUCCGAAUAUAGACUUUAUAAUGAUUUUAAAUCGUAUAGUAUUGAACGUGAAGUUAUUCCAGAAAAAUUCAGUUAUUAUAAACAUAUUUUUACUACGGAAUUUAAUAUUGGCUUCCAUAGGCCAAAAAAAGAUCAAUGCGAUUUUUGCAUAAAAUUUUCUAAUUAUAGUGAUGAUGAAAAGCGAAAUGUACAAGAAGAAUAUGACUUACAUUUAAAAAGAAAACAGGAGGCAAGAGAACAUAAACAACUGGACAAGGAAAGGAAAAAGAAUGACAAUUUGUUUCAAGUAUUUACAAUGGACAUGGAGAAGGUUUUAAUAAUCUAUAAUUUAAGUAGUUUGGCAGAAAAUAAUUAUAUGUGGCAUGAGUUAAAUGACCCGGAAUUUAAAUGUAUAAAAAUAAGAAAACUUGCAACAAGAGCAAAUAAUUCGGACUUAUUGGAAGUGAAAUCCUUAUAUUCAGCUGCAUUGUCAAUUGAAAAUUACAAAUUAAGAAGUUUAAGAAAACUAUGUGAUUCAGGUACCAUUCCAUCAACUUAUCACGCAUUUUAG